AAAAAAAAACCUCUGCCGUGCUGUGGUUGCCUUCGAUUGACCGAUCAGAAAAGCCGAACGGGUCCCAUCUCCCUCUCUCUUUCUCCCUUUCUCUCGCGAAUUGGAUGUAAACGUGGGGACGGAAAGCUGUCAGAUUUAUUCUCCCUCUCAACGUCCAACAUUGCCCAAUGGGAAACAGAGUCUCUCAUGGAAGCUCAAGAAAUGUGAAUGAAGAGGACUAUGAAGAUUUGGAUAUGGGGACACCGAGACUUCUUGCAGUUCUAGUGAUGUUAUUCAGUUACAUAAAACCUGCAAAGUCAACUCCUCUCCAGCCAGUCUGUGACAUCCGCGUACUGGACAAUUACAUUCGAGAAGCGAAGAAUGCUGCAAAUACUGCGAAACAAUGUGAGGAGACCUGCACACUCCCAGGAAAUUUCACCCUUCCGAAAACCAGCGUCAGCUACAGAGAAUGGGCAGCAAAGGAUCUGAGGACGAAAGCCGAGGAGGUCCAGAGUGGCCUCAAGCUGCUUGCUGCCGCCGUCCAGAAGGCCCAGAACAUGACGGUCAACAGCAACAUGUUGUAUUCAAUAGAGAGGAGCUACAGCAACAUCCGCAGCAUCACGCAGAUGGUGAAGAGCUUCACACCUGUCAGCCUCAAUGGGGAUCAGCCGGCUGCACAGACCACCUUCAACAGCAGAACAGUGAGAACCAUCUUCCAUGUGUACCUGAAUUUCUUGCAAGGGAAAGUGCGAUUGUUUUUCUUGGACACAGAAGCCUGCAACCUGGCCACGAGCUGACAGUCCCCCUGAAGGAACUUCCCGUGCGAACUAUAAAACUGUAACCUUUGCACAAAAAUAUACAGCACCAACAAGGAACGGAAGAGAGAGGGAGAAACAAACGGAUGCGAUGAAGAGCACGGCUAUUUCCGUUUGGGACGUUAACCAUCCAGCUCUUGAGGACUUGACCAGAGACACUGUUAUUCCAAGUGCUCGGGACUUACAAUGCUUUGAACUCAAAGGCAAGAGAGACAGAGAGAGAGAGAGAGAAGCACCCAAUAACCUAUUUGACUGUGUGUGCCAAUCCUCUCCGACUGAAAGUGUCUCGUUUAUUGAUGGCGUGGCCCGCGACUGAGGGCACCAUUUUGUUCUGUAGAGUAUUUGUGAAUAUGGGACGUGAGAUUUUGAUGCCUUUAUAUUUUUAGCUCUGUCACCCUAUUAGACCUAAGGCCGUUUUUAUUGCUUAACUCGCAGAUUAAAGUUCACUGGUCACCCAGUAGAAGUAAACACAAAGUGGACGACUUCAGUCAAAAUGUUUUGUGAGAAUGGGUGAGUUCAACACUA